AUACACAGCCACAACAGCAGGAGUGAUCUCACCUCCUCUCCACCCCUUCUAUCCUGUCGCCGCUGUCAGCCUCCACAGAAAAAGAGCGCAGAGCCGUCAGCAGCAGCAGCAGCGGCUGUGCAAAAAGAACACUUAGCGUUUUCACGGUGGAUAUUUCACCCCCUGAAAAAGCAAGAAAAAAAAAACAACAACAAGAGGACCACUACUGAGCGACAGAGGCGAGCAACCAUGGAAGAACUUACGGCAUUCGUGUCGAAGUCUUUCGAUCAGAAGAGCAAGGAGAGCAGCAAAGAGAGCAUCACGUACAGGGAAGUUUUGGAGAGCGGCUUAACGCGGGCGCGGGAGCUGGGCAGCCCGGAGACCAACCUGCAGGACAUUACGGACACCAACCACUGCCCCGUGCACCUCUACAAGGACCACGUGGAGCUGGAGAAGGAGAAACUGAAGGACUUUAAUGUUUCCAGGGCGACAGAAGGGAUAUACGAGUGCAAAGAGAAAAAAGAGGACGUGAAGUCCGAGGACGAGGACGCGCAGGGCAAACUGAAGCAGCGGCGGAGUCGCACUAACUUUACCCUGGAGCAGCUCAACGAGUUGGAGCGGCUCUUUGAUGAGACGCACUACCCGGACGCGUUCAUGAGAGAGGAGUUGAGUCAGAGACUGGGACUGUCUGAGGCCAGAGUGCAGGUUUGGUUCCAGAACAGAAGAGCGAAAUGUCGAAAACAAGAAAACCAAAUGCACAAAGGUGUGAUUCUGGGCAGCGGCAGUCACCUAGAUGCCUGCAGAGUGGCACCUUAUGUCAAUAUGGGCGCCCUGCGAAUGCCCUUUCAACAGGUUCAAGCACAGCUGCAGCUGGAGGGAGUUACCCAUUCCCACCCUCACCUGCACCCUCACCUGGCCGCCCACGCCCCCUACCUGAUGUUCCCGCCCCCUCCCUUCGGAUUACCAAUUGCGUCCCUAGCCGACUCGGCUUCUGCGGCGGCGGCAGUGGCAGCGGCCGCCAAGAGCAACAGCAAGAACUCCAGCAUCGCCGACCUGCGACUCAAGGCAAGAAAACACACCGAGGCUCUGGGACUCUGACCCCACCAGGCUGCCCCUCUGCUCGCCUGAUGCCCAUAAUCGCCUCUCACACAAGACUGGGCCUGUGAAACUGGGCCGUGACACUCACAGCUAAAACUAAACUAAACAAAAACACUGAGUGAGAAUGAAAGAGAGGAACACAUAGAGAGAGAAGGGGGAGAGGGAGUGUGUGUGGGAGAGGAGGAGGAAGGUGGGAGGGGAGGGAACAGUGGAGGAAGAAAAUAAAGCAGGAGGAGGAGGGAAAAUUGUCACAAAACCAGCUGCCAAAACAAACCACUUGUAGAGAACGGUAAUUAAAUACCAGUGAAAUCACCUUUUACUUUUCGCCCAACAGGCAGGACUUCUGCGGGGCCAGUGGCUCAGUCCACUCCAGGCACAGAUCACAUCCCAAGGACCGUACAAACACAUGUGGAUGUCUGUCUGAGGGCCAGGCCGGGGCCCCCCGUCAGACCAGAGGACGUUAGAACAAAGCAAACU